UUAUAAAAGGAUGUGCGAACAAUCAUGGCCGGUUAGUUUUACGAUUUCAAUACGACAUGAAGGAGGCUGUGUUAAUUGCUACCGCGUGUCUCUUGAUAGGCUUUAGUGAACAAGCAGUUCGCGUGCGGCGUCAUGGUUACAGCAGUGGAGGAGACUUCAGUGCAGGGGGAAGCUUUGGUGGAGGCGGCUAUGGAGGAGGGGGCGGGGGUGGAGGCGGGGGUUACAGCGGAGGGGGUGGGGGCUACAGCGGCGGCGGUGGAAGCUAUGGCGCUGGAGGAGCCGGAGUAGACACGGCCACCAACGGAGAAGCUGAAAUCAGUGUGUCCGGCGGACUACCACUCGGGGCCAUAUCAGCAGGCAUCGGCAGCUUCCUCGGCUCAGUGAGGGAAAACGUGAAAGAUGUGCACUCUCAUUUCAAACAUAAGGGUGUAGGGAAAGACAAAGUUCAUUACUCUGGUGAUGGCAACUCUGGAUUCGCGUUCGGUGGAUCCGUUGGUGGGGGCUCGAGUGGAUCCGGCGGACAAUCAGGAGGAGGUUACGGUGGCGGUUACGGUGGGGGUGGAAGUGAAAACGGCGGCAGUGCGGGCUUUGAAUUUGAUAUCAAUGCAUCUGGAAAUAAUCAAGGAACGGGAGGUGCUAAUGGUGCAAAUUAUGGAGGUGGUUAUGGUGGAAGUUACGGAAGUAGCUAUUCAGAAAACCAUAGAACCAGCAGCGGCGUCAACUCUGGAGGCAAUGGAGAAUUUGCUCUUGGUAUCGGCUCAUCCAGCGGUCUUGGAGCUAAUAGUGAAAGUAGUGGUAAUAAUGCUGGCUACGGAGGAUUCAAAGUGGGUAUAAACACCGCAGGUAUCCAAAGUAAGGGGAGCGAAGCAGGUUUUGGCAGUGGAGGCCAGGGAUUAUAUGUGGCCAAUGCAGGCACGACCAAUGGUGCUAAUAGUGGAGGCAGUAGCGGCCAGGCAGGCUUUAAUUUGGGUGUCCAGACAGCUGGUACUAAUUUUAAAGCCAACGGCGUCAAUGGAGGAGGCUACGGAGGAAGUUCUGGUGGAACCUAUGGAAGUAGUUACGGUGCAAGUGGUAGUAGCUACAAUAGUGGAUUCAAUAUUGGCGGCCAAGAUGGAUUUGUGGCUACUGCUGGCACAUCUAACAACCAAGGAAAAAUUGGAAGCAACGGCGGCCAAGGUGGUUUCGGUUUAGGUAUAAGUACUGUUGCCGGUAACCAAGAUAAAGGAAACUUUGGUGGUGGCUACGAGAGUAGUAGCAGCUAUGGUACUAAAUAUGAAAAAACAUACGAUAGCACCUAUGGUUCUGGAAAUAGUGGUAAAGGAGGCGUCGUUUUUGACGCUGGCUCAUCUAGCGGCCUUGGAACUCAACAAGUAAGUAGCAGCAACAACGCUGGCUAUGGAGGUUUAAAAGUAGGUAUUAGUAGUGCUGCUAAUCAAAAUAAAGGAAUCCUAGGAGGUAGCUAUGGAGAUAGCUACGCUAGCAACUUUGGAAGUAGCUACGGUGUCAGUACUGGAGGAAAAAGAGAAUAUGUAACUAAACCAGAAAACAGUGUAAACAAUGCUGGGUACGGAGGUUUUAAAGUUGGUAUUAGUACUGCUGGCAAUCAAGAUAAAGGAAGCCAUGGAGGUGGAUAUGGAUCUACUUAUGCCAGCAAAUAUGGGAAUAGUUAUGGCGUCAGUACUGGUACUGGUGGUCAAAAGGGAUUCAAAUUCGAUGUGAAUACAGCAACUAGUCAAAACAAGGGAAAUCAUGGUACUGGCUUGGGAUAUGGGGGUACCUUUGGUGGCAGUACUGGAGGUGGCAAUGGAGGUGUAGUAAUAGACAUAAGCUCAACUGGAAAUAGUGAAAGGGGCAGUGGAGGAUUUAGUUUAGAUACUGGAUCAGUUUUAGAAACUUCUACUGGAUUUGAAGGGUCAAACUUUGUUGGCGGAAAAAAGGAUAUUGAAAUAGGCACAGUUGGGGAAGGCUUUGAGCUAAGUGGAUCUGGAGGACAAACUAGUGUUGUUCAGUACGGAGGUAGUACUGGAGGUGUAGCACCUACCGUUGAUUUUGGACUGAGUAUUGGAGGAAUUGGAAGUGGAGGUAGUGGAUACAGUGGAGGAGAAAUCGGAAAAUUUGAGGUCGCAGGAUUUGACAAUGGUGGUGCAGGAUUUAGUGUACCAAGCGGAGACAGCGGAGAUGUCAUAGUAGUUGUAGAAGAAGGAGUAGACGAAUCAACAUUUGAAGGGGGGAGGGGUAGUGGUGGAGUCAGUUAUGGAACUUCGCUGGGAUCAAGUGGAGGUUCAGAGUUUUCUUCUGGAUAUGGUGGAAAAGUUGGAAGUAGUUACGCAGGAAGUGGAGGCAGCAAAGGCUACGGUGGUGGUGGUGUGAACCUUGGUGGUGGUUUCGGACUCGGUGGAGGAUCUACGGGCUCAUCUAGCUACGGCAGUAAGAGUGAAAGUAGCUUUGGGGUCCACCAUAGUAAUAAACAUCACGGUUCAGGAGGCAGUAAAGGAACUGUUGGUGUGACUCUUGGAGAUGCAUUUGGAAUAAGCGGUGGAUCACAAGUUGGCCACUCGGCUCACGGCGCACACGCUGCUGGAAGUCAUGGAGGUGGUACCGGGGGAUUAAGUUUCGGAAUUGGUGUCGAUGGUGCAUCUGGAGGAAGUCACGGCGGCAGAGGUGAAAGUCACUUCGGAAGCCAUGCGUCACACGGUGGACACGGGUAUAGAGCCAGCCAUGGAGGUGGUAACGGGGAAUUAAGUUUUGGUUUUGGAGCAGGCGGUGGAUCACAAGGUAAUCACGGAGGAAAAGGGGAAAGCCAUUUUGGAGUCCAUGGUUCAAACGGAGGAUACGGGUCUACGGCAGGAGGAGGCGGUAACGGUGCGUUAAGUUUCGGGGUGGGUGCCGGCGGCGGCGGCGGCGGUGGAUCACAAGGAAACUACGCAGUCAAAGAAACAAGUCAUUUCGAAAGCCAUGGGUCAGGCGGAAGCUAUGGGUCAGGCGGAAGCCAUGGAAGCAAUAACGGAGGAUUGAGUUUCGGUUUAGGAGCUGGCGGUGGCGGUGGCUCAGCAGGAAGCCAUGUAGGGCAAGGAGGAAGCCAUUUUGGAAGCCACGGUUCCAGCGGGAGCCAUGGGGCGAGUAACGGAGGAUUGAGUGUCGGUUUUGGAGGUGGCAGUGGAUCCGAAGGAAGUUAUAGUGGACAAGGGGGAAGCCAUUUCGGAAGCCAUGGGUCAAGUGGAGGUCACGGGGCCAGUAACGGAGGUUUGAGUUUUGGUUUUGGAGCCGGAGGUGGCUCAGAAGGAAGUCAUGGAGGAAGAGGGGAGGGCCACUUCGGAAGCCACGGGUCAAGCGGAAGUCAAGGGGGUGGUAAUGGCGGUUUGAGCUUCGGUUUCGGCGUAGGUGGAUCGGAGGGGGGAGCAAGCACUUACGGGUAAAUAAAAUUGUAUUAAAUCAUGUCGGACAUAAUUAAAAAUUGGUUUACUUUUGUAAGCUAUAAAUAAAUUGUAUAGAUAGGUAUAUUAAAUAUUUAGACUUUAUGAAUACUAAGUAUUGUUUGUACUUGAAUAAAUUAUACGAAUUACACUUAUAAA